GCUGCAGGCCAAGGCGCAUCUUGGCUUGAUCAAUGACCUGGUUGAACUCGACAUGAGCCGUGUCCACAGUGCCCCAUCGCUCAUCCGCCUGGGUGAACUCGAAGCAGACGGUUCACCCGUGUUCGAUCCAAUGCUUGUUGAGCGCUACCUGGAACGACUGGAUCGGGCUAAGCUCUCCACCCUUGUCGCCGCGCAUGUCACGGGUGGGGGCGUGAACCGAGGCACCGAGUUCCUGAGUGGGAAGAUCCAUAACGAUCGGCUGGGCAUUCGAAACUACCACUUCAUGGAUCGGAUGGUGGCCUACCACACCACGUAUCUGAAAACGCGCGCGUCCGGCUAUGCUCACGAUCUGAACAUCCGUGCCUAUCCGGAGCGUGUGACGAUUCUCUUUCUCAAAUGGUCUCUUGCCGUCAAGCCGCUCGAGGAGUUUCUCGUCAACAAAGUCCAGGGGCGAGAGACGUCGCUUCGUGCGAGGGACUACUUUGCCAACUCCGAGGCUGGCUUCCUUCGCACGGAGCAUUUCUCUGACACGCUCCAGCUGAUGACACACAAGCACAUCGGACGAACCAUCAAUCUGCGCCAAUACCGGCAAAUCGUCAAGAUGAUUCUGCGGGACAGAGUAGCAGGCGAGGACAUGGACGCGUUCUGCGCGAUGGACGAGGAGAAUGGCCGAGACGAUGUUGACCUUCAGUUCAACCACAGCAACAGUGUCGCGGCUCAGAACUACGGCGUUCAAUGACGCUCCUGAAGUUUAGAUCGAGCGGCAGGUUCUGCUGU